CUCAACUGCGAUGACUGCACAAGUGUCAGUCGUGUGUGACAAACAGGAAAGCGAAAUCAGACAAAAACAGCACUCUAAUCAAAAUAAAAGAACUUUCCAAUUUUACAAGAGAACAAAAGAAAAACUGCAAACAUUUUCGCGGAUCGUGUUACUUCAGUUCUUACGAGCAGGAAAAAAGUGAAAGCAAUGUUAUUUCUCGUCUCGUGAAGUAAAGUUUGUUACCAGUGAAAAAGUGCAGCUCCCUUUUGCUCCUAUUCCAGCAUGAUUCCACGAUUGACGGCCAGCUGUGGUGGUGGUGGCGGCUGGGCUCAGGUGGCACUGUUUCUGCUGCUGCACCUGUUAGGUAACGUAUCGCCUAAUGGUUCUUCCAGCGUACCAGUUGCAGCGAAUUCACCCGCCGUGCUGAUUGUCGUCUCGUAUGACGCCUUUCGAAAUGAGUAUCUGCAACGCAAUAGUACUGCGUUUAUGAACGAACUUCGUCGGAAUGGUACUACGACGGAAUAUCUGCGGAAUGUUUUUCCUACAAAGACUUUCCCGAAUCAUCAUAGCAUUGCGACGGGGGUGUACCCGAACCAGCACGGGGUGACGUCCAACGGGGUGUACGACCAUGCCCGGGGGAAGCUGAACUACUCGUACGAGCUGUUUCAUUUCGAUGAGGAGUUGGUGCCGAUUUGGAUAUUAAACGAACAAAGCGGAGGCCAUUCCGGAUGUAUGAUGUGGCCCGGAUCGGACUUUCCGUAUACAAAGUCGAACAUUAGCUGUAGUCACUCGCAGCCAUUUAAUUUGACAUCGCCAUGGAAUGAUCGGGUCGAUACAGUUUUUAAGUGGAUCCAGGAUCCAAGCAAGCCAGCGAAUUUGGUGAUGCUGUACAUAGAGGAGCCGGACUACUACGGUCAUAUCUACAGUCCGGAGUCGGAUCGGGUGGCUCAACUGAUCGUGAAGCUGAACGAUCUAACGCGGUACAUUUACGACAAGAUCAGGGAGUUUGGGCUUCAGGAGCGGGUGAAUGUGUUGCAUUUGAGCGACCACGGAAUGGAUUCGGUGAUGCCAAAGAAUUUUAUUAAUCUGACGAGCCUAACACCACCGGACGUCAAGUAUGAUGUGUACGGAUCAACUCCGGUGCUGCAGAUUGUUCCGAAGGUGAAACAGCAGACGGCAGAUUUGUACCGGGCACUCUGGAACGCUUCCGUACGAAAUGGUAAUUUUGAUGUCUACACGCUGGAGAAUCUGCCACCGCGCUGGCAUUUUAAUAAUUCGCAGCGAACUGGACCGAUAACGGCCGUGGCGAAGCUGGGCUAUGGCUUCGAUGACAUGUGGAGGAUGGUCAAUUACUACCGAAAGGCAUUCAACGUUACAAUAACCCCCGACACCAAAUACGGUGUACAUGGGUACGAUAACGAUCUGAUGAUCAUGCAUCCGAUCUUUUUCGGAUACGGACCGCGAAUAAGUGAACGAACGGCGGUGGAACCGUUCGAUACUGUCGACUUGUACUAUCUGUUCUGUGAAAUUUUGGAAUUGAGAAGUCCUCCCCAGUUGGUCGGCAACCGGGAGCACAUUUUAGCUGUCCUGCGAAACGAUUCCCGUGACGAUGACGACGAUCCUAGCGGAGAGUCGACUCGGGCAGCUACCCUAGCUGUAAUCUUUGCCGGCAGUUUGAUUGCUUCCUUCGCACUGGUUAGCCUGCUGGCAGUGUUUGUCAUUCGGCAGCGCCGCCGGAGGGACAACCUCGUACCGCACUAUCUGUACGACGAAACGGAAUCAUUCCUGGACGAAGGAAACAAGUUACUGCCGGCAGCAGCAGCAACACAUCACCACCACCAACAGCAGCAGCAACAACAACAGCAUGCUACUCUGCACGGUCAUCAACAUCAUCAUCACCACCACCACCAGCAGCACCAUCAUCUUCACACCAAUGCGUCCAUCAACGGGGACGUGGUUUCGAUCGAUGUUUGAGCUCGCUUCCUUCUUUCCUGUGUUUGUAAAUAACCGUUGUUAAUUCCUAAUACUCUGUGUUGUUUCCUACCCUUUCACACACAAACACACUGAGUGCGAAAGCUCGAUGGUAAAUGUUUUUACUUUUUUAAAUUAUCAGCAACAUGAUCACUGAAGUAGUAGGCCGUGAUCCUAAUCGACGUCAAUCUAAUGUAAUACAUAUCAACAAAGUAGUUCUGUUUUCCGUAACCGAUUUGAAUUCGUUGCCCCAGUUACGUCCUUUAGUCAAAAUAUGUUUAGAAGUAUUUGGACAAUACUACAUAGAACUGUCAAAUUUCAGACAUUUUCUGCAUUGACCAUUAUUAUAUUGAGAUGUUAGUUAUAGGAAAGAAAAACCAUCGAAAGAAAGUUGCAUUUUAAACUUAUCCAAAAAAAAAAACGAAUUCGCCAAUUGGAGACUGUGAACUAAAAAAAAACAAGAGUUGUGUGAGGCAAAGAGGAAAGAAGAACAGAAUUUAACCAGGCCAUAAUAAAGGUAAUUUUAUCGUAACAUUCGCUAUUAUAGAAGUGUAUAUUUUAAACAAGGAAGCCGUAAGUUGUAAAUAAUGGAGUAAUAAAAUAAACUAUCAAGAAGCGUGUCUCGCACUUUUCGUGAA